CGAAAAAAGGGUUCAUAUGGCCGCAUUUAAACGUAUGGCUCAGAUCAAGCUAGCGUUCCAAUCCCGCCCCUUUUCCCGCCCCGAUCACGGGCACCGCGGUGAGCUAAGACGGAGUUUUGUAGUAGCAACGGAUCCGCUCCUCAGUAUCGGAUUUGUCCACUCGCGACUGACUGAACCAAUCCCGGACGAUUCCUCCUGUCUUCUACUCUCUCUCUCAGACACAGGACAGUCCCCUUGCAAUCAUGGCUCCUCUCCCUUCUUGUCCAGCCCAGCUGGGAAUCACCACCCCCUCCCCCCCUCAAUUGCUUUCUUCUGCUCUCAUAAUUGCGCUACCCUCUAUUCUGUUCCGCCGUCACUCCCCAACCUUUCUUCUUUGUGGCUCGAGCUCUACAUUGCUGCGCCACCGCCGAAACUCGAUGGCCCUGCAUCGUUCUAAGCCGCCAUUGCUCAUUAUUCUCCUCCUCCUCAUCGCCCUGGUGGUCCCUUCCGCUGCCACAUCUGCUGCCCUGGUCGGCGUCAACUACGGACGGGUGGGCGACAACCUGCCCCCGUCCGAGACCGUGCCCCGCCUCCUGGCCUCCAUCGGCGUCGGCCGCGUCCGCCUCUACGACGCCGACACCGCCGUCCUCCGCGCGUUCGCCAACACCGGCGUCGAGCUCGUCGUCGGCAUGCCCGAUCGCUGCCUCCCACCCGUGGCCGCUGACCCGGCCGAGGCUCUUGCCUGGGCCCGCACCCACGUUCAGGCCUUCGUCCCCGCCGUCAAGAUCGUGGCAGUCACCGUCGGCAACGAGGUCCUCACCGGCGCCAACGCCUCCGGCCUCGCCCACUGCAUCGUCCCGGCCAUGGAGAACCUCCACGGCGCCCUCGCGUCCCUCGGCCUCGACCGCGAUGUCGCCGUCACCUCGGCCCACUCCCUUGCGGUCCUCGCCACGCCGUCCUAUCCGCCCUCCGGCGCGGUCUUCCGCCCGGACCUCCUCCCCUACGUUCGCCCCCUCCUCGCCUUCCACGCCCGCACUGGCUCCCCCUUCUUCGUCAACGCCUACCCCUACUUCGCCUACGUGAGCGAUCCAUCCGGCGUCGCACUCGAGUACGCCCUCCUCGACCAGGGGUCUGCCGCCUUCACCGACCCGGCCACUGGCCUCCGCUACGGCAACCUGCUCCACGCUCAGGUCGACGCCGUGUACCACGCCAUCGCGGCCGCAGCGUCGCCUUCCUCGAAGGGUGGCGGGGUUGAGGUGCGGGUGUCGGAGACGGGGUGGCCGUCCGCGGGCGACGCCAACGAGACGGGGGCGACGCCUGAGAACGCGGCGCGGUACAACGGCAACCUGAUGCGGCUGGUGGCGGGGCAGAAGGGGACGCCGCUGGUCCCCGGGACGCCGCUCCGGGCCUACGUCUUCGCCCUCUUCAACGAGAACCAGAAGGCGGGACCGUCCUCCGAGCGCAACUACGGCCUCUUCAAGCCUGACGGCACCCCGGCCUACCAGCUCGUCGGUGUCUCGAUGCACCAGGGUAGCAACUCCACCUCCACCUCCACCGAUGGUAUCGGCGGCAACGGCGACGGCGAGGCCUCGACAACAGGGCCGGACGGGGAGUCCGGGUUCUUCAGCAUCUCCGCCGCGUCACCGGAUUGGCAGUGCCGGGCGGCGACAUCGGCGGCUAUCGCAGGAGCAAGUGUGUUCUUGAAAUUACUCUGAGAGAUCGACAAGAAUCAUUGCCUUUGUUUCUUUCAGAGUGCAACCGAGAACAGUCACUGGUUGUCUUGGUGUUUGUGCAGUGUAGAUUUUAGAUGGAAAGUUGUGAUCAUUUCUA